GAGAAGGGGAAGGGAAAACCAGCUCCGCUCCGUGCCAGACUAGUGUCUGGGGCAGCCGCGGCGAGGCUAGGGGCGUGGCGCGCGAGGAACCGGCUUUUCAAGCCCCGCUCGCCGGCGAUGUGGCAACUGCCUCCCCGGGCCCGGCAGAUCCAGGGCGCACCCCAGGCUCCUCCGGGCAGGAGGGCAGCGGGGGCGUCGUAGCCAUUCUCGCCCGGAAAAGCAGCGCGCCCCGAGCGCGGCGCCAACAAACCGGCCAGCGCAGGCAGCGCGCAACAUGGAUGCGGAGAGCGCCAGCAGCCACAACAGCAACAACAACAACAACAACCGGCGAGGGAGCCUCCUGCCCGGGACUUCUUCUGAGAAGAUCGUCGCCGAGUCGUACAAGGUCUACAAGCGGCGAUGGCUGCUGCUGGGCGUAGUCUGCCUGCUCAAUUGCUCCAAUGCCAUGGUGCGUAAAGAGCGCGCGCGGUUGUCUUUUCUUUUCGCUCGUCUCCAACUUGCCAGAUUGCGCACGGGAUUCCUUUGGCCGGCCGCUUUCCCCCCAUCGAAGCAGCCCUUCGAUUGGCCCGGCUUGGAGCUGCAGGGAUUUCGGGAGCCGAGAGGGAAAUUUGAACGAUCUGGCCACCCCAAAGUUUAAAAAAUGACUUCGAAGUGGCUGGAGGUACUUCGGAAGCGGAGAGGUGGCGGCGCAGCCGGAUGUUCUUGGGUUGUUAGCAAGCCUGACGGAUGAGUCAAAGCGCCUGUCACUGGAAGCUUGCGUUUUAAAUCGUUGCCUUUCUGGCUUCCGAGGCGCCGGGCAGAAAGUCUCGCCGCCCCAUGUUAUGGCUUAGAAUCAUGGAAUUCUUUUUUUUUUAGAGUUGGAAAGGGACCCGGAGGAUCAUCUAGUCCAACCCAGGCAAUGCAGGAAUAUGUAGCUGUCCCAUAUGUUGUUAUUUAGUCAUUUAGUUGUGUCCGACUCUUCGUGACCCCCUGGACCAGAGCACUCCAGGCACUCCUGUCUUCCAGUGCCUCCCGCAGUUUGGUCAAACUCAUGCUGGUAGCUUCGUGAACACUGUCCAACCAUCUCGUCCUCUGUCGUCCCCUUCUUCUUGUGCCCUCCAUCUUUCCCAACAUCAGGGUCUUUUCCAGGGAGUCUUCUCUUCUCAUGAGGUGGCCAAAGUCUUGGAGCCUCAGCUUCAUGACCUGUCCUUCCAGUGAGCACUCAGGGCUGAUUUCCUUAAGAAUGGAUAGGUUUUAGGAGAGGAUAGGAGAGCCAGUGUGGUGUAGUGGUUAAGAGCGGUAGUCUCUUAAUCUGGGGAACCGGGUUCACGUCUCCGCUCCUCCACAUGCAGCUACUGGGUGACCUUGGGCCAGUCACACUCAGCCCCACUCACCUCACAGAGUGUUUGUUGUGGGGGAGGAAGGGAAAGGAGAAUGUUAUCCGCUUUGAGACUCCUGAAGGGGAGUGAAAGGCGGGAUAUCAAGUCCAAACUCUUCUUCUUCUUAUCUUCUUGCAGUCCAUGGGACUCUCAAGAGUCUCCUCCACACCAUAAUUCAAAAGCAUCAAUUCUUCGGCGGUCAGCCUUCUUUAUGCUCCAGCUGUCCCAUACCUGCAACCUUGGUGUUAUCAGUACCAUGCUCUAUCCAACUGAGCUAUGCAUGAUCCACACAACACCCCUGCGAGGUAGAUUAGGAUUGGAGAGACAGACAAAAAUCCCUGUUAGGGAUUUUUAUUUUUAUUUUUGGAAAUAAUUUUUAUUUGAUUUUGCAAAUAUAAAGUUAUAACAGUACAACCAUACAUAUCCACAUUUACAGAUUCCUCUGAAUCUCUGGACUUCCCACCUUCCCCUUCAUGGGUCCUAUUAUUAAACCUUUUCUACUGCUUUCCCCCCCAAUAUUCUAUAUUGAAUAUAACUCCAUUAUUUCCAUAGUACUUGCUACCUUACAAGAGUUAUUGCAGUCCUGCUAAUGUUUUCAUCAGUUUACAGUGGUCUCCAAGAUAAAUGAUAAAUUUCCCCCAUUUUUUGUUAAAGUUUUGGUCUUUUUUUUUCUUUUUUUUUAAAAAAAAAUAAUAUUUAUUAAAGUUUCAAAGGAAAAAAAAUCACAUUAAUAAAAAAAAAUUAACAAUAAAAAGGAAAAAUACAAAGUAGAAAAAAGAAAAAACAGUUAAAAACAAUUCCAUCUUUUCUUCACUUCUUUUACGUUUACUUGUUUCCGGACCUCCUCAUACCUCCCUCUUUUGUAUUCCAAUUCAAUUUGUUAAUCCAACAAUUCCUUUCCCUCCUUUUUAAUCCUAAUCCUUAAUCUUGAUAUAUUGUAACAUUAUAUUUUUACAUAUUAAAAACCAAUUUUUCCAUAUUCUUUUGUACCUAUACAGCUAGAAAGCACUUAACUUCAAUCCAACAUCAUUCUAACAUUCAUUAAUUUUGCAAUAUUUCUGUAAAUAGUCUUUAAAUUUCUUCCAAUCUUCUUCCACCGACUCUUCUCCCUGGUCCCGGAUUCUGCCAGUCAUUUCUGCCAAUUCCAUAUAGUCCAUUAAUUUCAUCUGCCAUUCCUCCAGUGUGGGUAAAUCUUGUGUCUUCCAAUGCUUUGCAAUGAGUAUUCUUGCUGCUGUUGUAGCAUACAUAAAGAAAGUUCUGUCCUUUUUUUAACACCGAUUGGCUGACUAUGCCCAGGAGAAAGGCCUCUGGUUUCUUCAAGUAUGUAUAUUUUAAUAACUUUUUAGUUCAUUAUAUAUCAUCUCCCAGAAAGCCUUAAUCUUUGGGCACGUCCACCAAAGGUGAAAAAAUGUACCUUCAGUUUCUUUACAUUUCCAACAUUUAUUAUCAGGCACAUGAUAGAUUUUUGCAAGCUUGACUGGGGUUAUGUACCACCUGUAUAUCAUUUUCAUAAUAUUUUCUCUUAAGGCAUUACAUGCCGUAAAUUUCAUACCUGUGGUCCACAACUGUUCCCAGUCAGCAAACAUAAUAUUAUGUCCAACAUCUUGUGCCCAUUUAAUCAUAGCAGAUUUCACCGUUUCAUCCUGAGUAUUCCAUUUCAACAGCAAGUUAUACAUCUUUGACAAAAUUUUAGUUUUGGGUUCUAACAAUUCUGUUUCUAAUUUUGAUUUUUCCACCUGGAAGCCGAUUUUCUUGUCCAAAUUGUAUGCCUCCAUUAUCUGAUAAUAAUGAAGCCAGUCUCGCACUUUGUUUUUAGUUUUUCAAAACUCUGCAGUUUCAAUCUAUCUCCAUCUUGUUCCAAAAUUUCCCAAUAUUUCGGCCAUUUGACCUCCAUAUUGAGCUUUUUCAGAGCUUUCACUUCCAUCGGUGACAGCCACCUUGGGGUUUUAUUUUCCAUUUAAUCCUUAUAUCUUAUCCAAACAUUAAACAAUGCUUUCCUGACAAUGUGGUUUUUAAAUGCUUUAUGUGCUUUGACCUUAUCGUACCACAGAUAUGCAUGCCAUCCAAAUACAUUGUUAAAACCUUCUAAAUUUGGUCUUCUUGGUUCCUGAGCUUUCCGGUCAGUUUUGCCAUUUUGGCAUAGUCCUACAAUUUAAUUUGCCGGUCUUAUCUGGUAGGGGCUUUAUUUUCUUUCAAUCUCUGGGCUAAUAGCAUCUGUGCUGCUGUCGCUGCAUGCAUAUAAAGUCUUUUCUGCUCCCUUAGCACCUACAAUUGCUAAUAAAAAAGCCUCUGGUUUUUUUAUAUAUAUAAAAGUUAAUUUAAACAUUUUUUUCAUCUCAUUACAUAUCAUUUCCCAGAAUGCUUUUAUUACCUGGCCUGAUAGGGAUUUUAAUGGGGGUUUCCGUGGUACAAUGCUUAAAUCCUGCCUUUCUCCACCUCGGGUUCCCAGAUGUUACAACUCCCAUUACGCCCAGACCAUUUGUUAGUCUUACAUUAUGCAGUUGUGGCUUCCCCCAAAUAAUCCUGGGAACUGUAGUUUGUUGAAGGUGCUGAGGAUUGUUAAGAUAGCACAGAGCUACCAUUCCCAGCACCUUUGUGAUACUACACUUCCCAGGAUUCCUUGGGGGAAGCAAUGACUAUUAAAAGAGCACCUUCAAUGGAUUGUGUGCAUGGGACCUCCCAGUUUUCUCAAAGCUCUGGGGACCGGAUGUUCUAAGCUGCAUGGGGUAUUUUAAAUCCUGAGCUAACCAUUCCUUGGCUGUGGUCGCAGUCUGACCGAACCAGAGAAUCAUAAACUUUUAUAGUUGGAAGGGAUACCAAGGGUCAUCUAGUCCAACCCUCUGCAAUGCAGGAAUCUCAGCUAGAUCAUACCUGACAGAUGACCACCCAACCUUUGCUUAGUAGCCUCCAAGAAAGAAGAGUCCACCACCUCUCGUGGGAAUCUGUUUCGGUGGAAGUGUAAUCCGAGGUUAACAAUCCAGAGCCUCUGAACAUGUGCAGACUGCCGCUUCCUCCCCUACACCAAAGCCCCGAGAUGAGCUCAAGUCCCGACUCCUCUCAAUUUGCAAAUUUAGACAGAGUCAGCAGGGACUAAAUUAAGAGGUGCGUCUUGUUUGCUUCGUUUGUUCAUUGAUUUACUGGAGCGCCAAGGAGCAAAAUGGCGUGUGAAUCACUAUUCGGAAGGUGCAGGUGUUGAAUUCUUGUGCUGCGGCAGCUUUCAGAGCUUGGAAUGUUCAAGUUUGGGAAGGAAAUGACUUAAAUCAGGUCUCUGCUGCUGUGGGAAACAUAUUGCUUAGCCAGGUGGUCCAACGAAAACGCUGGCUCCAGUUGCAGAGCGACAAUAUUUCAGGUGGGGCUCAUUUUGUGACUGUUCCAGGGGUUGAAAGGCCCCUUUCUUAGGACAAAAGGCAAAAAGGUUUGGAGCUUUUUGGUUGAGAGCUGAGGCAGCAUGGCUAAUGUUCAGUGCAGAAGGGAGUUGUAGCCCAGCAACAAGUUCUCUUGGUGCCAUGAGCGGGUUAUGUUUUCCCCUCUCAUUAAACUGGAACAUGGAGUCACGUAAGGAAUCUGGUUGUCAGAUCCAGGACCAAGAAAAGGAAGUAGCUAUUUCUGCAAAGAGUAAUUAAUCCGUGGAACUCCCUGCCACAAGAUUUUUAUGGCAAGUAUCAGGCUCACACCCUUGCCAUUCAUUUCCUUCAUAUGUAUGUUAGAAAAACAUGGGGAGGCCAAUGUGGAGGCAAGCGAUCCAAAUAUGAUGGACCUUGGGGUUGAUCCAGUAAAGACGUUCAGAUGUUUCUUCAAACAUGGAAGUGGCCCCACCAGAAGAUAAAAGAUUCUUGAACGAAUUGGAUAAGAUGACAGGAAGGAUUCGAAACCUGCUGGACCAGAGAUUCACACAAGAUUGGAAUAAAUAUGUGAACUAUUUGAAGAGCAACUGUAAUCAACAAAUUACGCUAGUAGGACUACGAGAAGUUUGGUAAGGAGGAAUAUAUGGAAUAUUGCAAAGAGGAUAAAGAAGAGAGACAUUAGUUAUGAUAUUUAAAAGUAAUAGUGAAAGUAAGAAAUGUAAAUUAAGUGGAAAAGACUGGAAAUUUUUCAGAUGUGAUUGGCGGAAGUAAAAAAAUUGUAUAAGAUAUAAAAGUAUAUUUUAUAAUUGUCACAAAUGAUAUGUAUAUAUAUCUAUUUCUUGAAUGAGGUGAUCCAUUUUCUACUGAAGAAACCCAAAGAAUGGAGCCACUGACCAGGACAAGCGGGCUUGGACUCUCUUGGGUGAUGGUCAGAGACAUGAGCAGCAAGCAUACGCCAAGCUAAGGCCUUCAGAGAACUGGCUUGAAGUUUUCAUCCCCGAGUCACUGCCUCACCACACAGAAUCUGCAGGGAAAGGAACAUUGCUGGUCCUGGCAAUGCCAGCUCAGACCUGCCCGGCGUCCCAUCAAAGCGAUUUCUGCUGUUAAUCUUGGAAAUAUGACUUUGUCUUCUCACAUACCAUGGGCAGAAAGGCUUGCCCAGGUUGAAAAAGGCCACCCUGAAGCAGUUGCUUACUAGACCAACAAACAGAGAGUCCGACUCAGGAACUUGCCCCUACAACAAAUCUCUUUGUCUUGAUUCUGUGUCCCGCAACACUGACAACAAAGUUAAAAAGAUAAGUGACUGUACAACCUUUGAAGCCAUCUGAAGGCAGCCCUGUAUAGGGAAGUUUUAUUAUGUUUUUGUAUAUGCUGGAGGAAGAAGAAGAAGAAGAGUUUGGAUUUGAUAUCCCGCCUUUCACUCCCUUUAAGGAGUCUCAAAGCAGCUAACAUUCUCCUUUCCCUUCCUCCCCCACAACAAACACUCUGUGAGGUGAGUGGGGCUGAGAGACUUCAAGGAAGUGUGACUGGCCCAAGGUCACCCGGCAGCUGCAUGUGGAGGAGCGGAGACGCGAACCCGCUUCCCCAGAUUAUGAGACUACUGCUCUUAACCACUACACCACACUGGCUCCACCCAAUGUGGCUGGGGCAACAAUAAAAAUAUUUUAUUUUAUUUUAUUUUAUUUUAUUACCUGCACAUUCUCCAGCAGCAGAGAUGCUGUCAUCUGCCAGACAGGCCUUGCUGACAUUAGAGACCCGACAGAUCAGAAGCUGGGUGCCAGAGAGUGGAUGGACGCAAACCAGACACCAUGAAAGGCAGCGCUCAAAAGGAAGAGACAGUCUUUUCCAUCAGUAUUAUUUAAAGUGGAGUCCGAAGUUGCAGAGCAAGGAAGGAAAAAGUUGCCUUUGGUGCAGGAGGCAAGUUUCUAUGCCACUCUCUGACCUCCUUCCAGGAAAGCAAGAAGCAUUUUUUUGAGUGUUCCGGGACACAUUAUAGCCCAGGAGACUGCAAAGCAGUGAGCAGGAUGACCUGGGGAGAGACCUCAGGGUCCAGGGAGGGAGAGAGGCAUUUCAGCCACUGAUUCACUGCUGGAGGAGCACACUUUACCCCUGGAAGUAAUCACACAGAGAGACUCUGAGUCUGGAAAAUAAAAACACUAGGUUUGUUUAAGAUAAUAUAUAUUCAGUAGGAAAGAUCCUCGUUCUAUCUCAGGUGGAGAUGCAAAGAACAAUUCUUGCUCUUUGUUUUUGUAAUUUAUGUAUGCAACAAGAUUUAUAUAAGAACUUAAUUCAUUCCGGAGGUCCGUUCCUAACCUGAAACUGUUCUUAACCUGAAGCACCACUUUAGCUAAUGGGGCCUCCUGCUGCUGCCGUGCCGCCGGAGCCUGAUUUCUGUUCUUAUCCUGAAGCAAAGUUCUUAACCUGAAGCAUUAUUUCUGGGUUAGUGGAGUGUGUAACCUGAAGCGUCUGUAACCCGAGGUACCACUGUACAGUAGGUGGCUUACUCAAAAUAAUACAAAAUAUUCUCAAGGAAUUACCAAUAUACCGUAUUUUUCGCUCUAGAAGAUGCGCCAGACCAUAAGACGCACCUAGUUUUUGGAGGAGGAAAACAAGAAAAAAACUAUUCUGAAUCUCAGAAGCCAGAACAGCAAGAGGAAUCACUGCGCAGUGAAAGCAGCAAUCCCUCUUGCUGUUCUGGCUUCUGGGAUAGCUGCGCAGCCUGCAUUCGCUCCAUAAGACGCACACACAUUUCCCCUUACUUUUUAGGAGGGAAAAAGUGAGUCUUAUAGAGCAAAAAAUACGGUAAGCCAUAGGUUUAAAAGAAGAGCCUCAUGCCAACUGUCUACUUCUCCAACCAGCUCGGCUUUUGCUUGUUUUUUUAACAAAUUGAGGCCAAGAGAACACCGACUUCUAGUCAGGAACGGGUUGUACCUGCCAUGAAUGGCUCCUAUGUUAAUUCUUUCUUCAUUUAUGCUUCCCAUAGUACCAUGACACACUAGCAGCUAUCUCUAGCACCGCCCGGCCUUUCUCCUUGCUGUGCAAACAACAGCACAUGUGAAAGCUUAUGUCGCAAUAAAUCUGUUUGUUUUUAAGGGACCACAAGUCUCUUUGCUGAAGGUUGCUACAGCAGAGUAAAGGUAAGGCAAAGUUGUGGGACAAACCACAGAGCCUCUUGGGCUUGCCGAUUGGAAGGUCGGUGGUUCAAUUCCCUGUGAUGGAGUAAGCUCCCGUUGCUCUAUCCCAGCUCUUGCCAACGUAGUCAUUCAAAAGCAUGCCAGUGCAAGUAGAUAAAUAGGUACCGUUGUGGCGGGAAGGUAAAUGGCGCUUCUGUGUGCUCUGGUUUCCGUCAUGGUGUUUCGUUGCGCCAGAAGCUGACCACAUGACUCGAAAAGCUGUCUGUGGACAAACGCUGGCUCUCUUGGCCUGAAAGCGAGAUGAGUGCCACAACCCCAUAGUUGCCUUUGACUGGACUUAACCAUCCAGGGGUCCUUUACCCUCUGGAGCUAGCAGUUGACGUCAUCGAAGCACUGUCGAAAGUCAGUCUCCCUCCUUAGAAAUUCUCCAAACUCUGCGCAGUGGUACCUCAGGUUACAAACGCUUCAGGUUACAGACUCCACUAACCCAGAAAUAUUACCUCGGGUUAAGAACUUUGCUUCAGGAUGAGAACAGAAAUCGUGCUGCAGCGGGAGGCCCCAUUAGCUAAAGUGGUACCUCAGGUUAAGAUCAGUUUCAGGUUAAGAACGGACCUCCAGAAUGAAUUAAGUUCUUAACCCGAGGUACCACUGUACUUCCUGCCUGUGCUGGUUGGUUGAGGGAUAUGUAUGCUGAGAAACAGAGUGCUGGUUUGAGCUCAGAGUGUGGUGGAGCCGUGGAGAAGCAGUAAUGAAAAGGCAACGAUGAUAAAGAUAAUGAGAAGUUCAGAUAAUAAUAAUAAUAAUAAUAAUAAUAAUAAUAAUAAUAAUUUAUUAUUUAUACCCCGCCCAUCUGGCUGGGUUUCCCCAGCCACUCUGGGCGGCUUCCAACUGAAUAUUAAAAACAGUACAGCAUCAGACAUUAAAAACUUCCCUAAAGAGGGCUGCCUUCAGUUGUCUUUUAAAAGUAAAAUAGUUGUUUAUUGCCUUGACAUCUACUGGGAGGGCGUUCCACAGGGCAGGCGCCACUACUGAGAAGGCCCUCUGUCUGGUUCCCUGUAACCUUACUUCUCGCAAUGAGGGAACCGCCAGAAGGCCCUUGGUGCUGGAUAAUGAAAGAGCAGGCCCAACAAACACGCCGAGUGAUGAUUAGAGGUGUUCCAAACUGGCUUCUUUCCAGGAUAUCAGUCAGGGCCGCCCGGCCCAUGAAGUGAGGUGAGGCAGUUGCCUCAGGCGACAGAUCUGGCCUCCACCUCAGGCACCUGCUACUGCUGUCUCUUCUCCAGUUUCCUCUUACUCUCCUGCCACCUCCAGCGCAUGUUGCGGAGGGAAAGGGUUGCGGAGGAAAAGGAUGUAGGGCUGUGGAGCUACAGAGGAAGAGAUGGUGGCAGUCGUGGGGCAGGGGCUGCAACGAAGGAGGCAGGAGCAGCAUCUUCUGUUUUGCUUCAGGCGGCAAAACUUCCUGACCCUGAUACUGGUCGUGUUUCAAUGAGAAGAACAGCAGACUUUAUCUGCAGCAGAGUUCUUAGUUUUUAUUGCCUGCCGAGGUACUUCUGUUCCUUAUUACCUUUAGUCAUACAUACUCCAAAAAUUGUGUUACACUCUGGACUACUUUACUCAUGGCUUAAUUGCCUAAUUGGACAAUUAACCUAUUCGCCACACUUAACCUCUCCUUUGUUUUCAUUGUGACCCAGAAAAAGGCUAAAGUUUCUGUAAGCAAAAGGAGUCGUCCGGGUUUGUUUCCAGUUAAACUAAUCUGCUUUCUGUUAUGUUGUAAACAACCAGCGAUACAAGAUGCACUAAACAACAGGACUGAUGUGGACUAGUGGCCAUGUUGCACAUUGACGUGCAUCACUUGAUGACCCUCAACUCGAUGUGUGGGCCAACUCUGUUAAAAUCAGUGAGGUGACAAAAAUGAACGGGUGCCUGUAGCAGCUACUCAUUUUGACAGCUACUGCAGGCAUCUGUUCAGAGCCUUCUUCCAGCUCUCUUGAGGCCACCGGUUUUCUCCCACACAUCUGGGCUAAUUCAGACAGAACGGAACAAGGCAGUCAGUGCAUCAUCCAGGGUACAAACCUCCCACACUACAAAGCAUGGGGAGGGACUCCUAGGAGCGCAAAACUGGGAGGGAGAACCACCAAGACGCUUGUGGGUCUUUAACGGUGGUUUGGAUCCAGCAUCUUAGAACAAGGAUGAGGGAUGUCAGGCCAGAGGUCUGAAUCUGGUCCUCAGGGACUCUCCCCAGGUAUCACACACCCUGGACACAGCUUUUACAGUCCCUUUUCUGCACUGCCCUUGAUAGUUUUCUCCUGGCUGAAAUGUGUCCUUGCACUCCAAUAAUGUUGCUUGUUUGCCUGGACAGAGGCUAGAGAGGAGCAUGUGUGUGUCUGUAGAAACAGGCCUAUUGCACAAAGGUAAAAUAAAAUAAAAUAAAAUUGAAUGCUCUCAUCCUUUUUUGCCUCUGGCCUUGCCCACGCCUAGCAUGGGUUGCCCAGAAGUACGUGUGACCCUCUGGCUAUAAAAGGUUUCCCAUCUCUAAUAACAGAAGAUGGCUAUUGUUUUUCCAUGCUGCUUUUUGUGUGCAUGUGCAUGUAAGAGAAAGAGCACUCUUUUAUUAAUGUGCUAUAUGAAAAAACUGCUCCUUUUCCCUUAUGGGGUACCCAAAGAGCCCAUAUAGAGUCCUUUUGUAGGUUCUCUAUCAGAAGGAGAAAAUAACAGAGGCCAACCAGAGAAUAUUGAGAAGCAAAGCAGCUAGUAAGCCUGAUCUUUAUUGAUCUGUUGCAACAGGGUGCUCACAACCACACGCUGGAGGCAGGAGGGACCCUGAACAAUGGUGUGCAAGCCCUUAUAUAGACAUUUUGAAAUUGCCCACCCUGGAGCCCAAGACCACCCCCCAAAACAUCAUACAUACAUCACAGAAGGGGCGGUCUACAACAGAAUCCUGUCUGACAUGAAACCUGUUGAUGGGUUUUUACCUGGCUAGCCAGGCUAUUCUUUUGUGAUGAUAAAUACAGUGGUACCUCAGGUUAAGUACUUAAUUCUUUCCGGAGGUCCGUACUUAACCUGAAACUGUUCUUAACUUGAAGCAUCACUUUAGCUAAUGGGGCCUCCUGCUGCCGCCGCGCCGCCAGAGCACGAUUUCUGUUCUCAUCCUGAAGCAAAGUUCUUAACCCGAAGCACUAUAUCUGGGUUAGUGGAGUCUGUAACCUGAAGCAUCUGUAACCUGAAGCAUAUGUAACCCAAGGUACUACUGUACUUAAUGCCUGAGUCCAGGUCACAGGCUAUAUCUUAAAUGUGCCCUUGAGGCAGGAUUUGUGAGCAAAGAGACAAUGAGGAGGUUUUUCUCAUCUCCUCCCUCCUUGCAGAGAAACAUUUGAGGUCAAUUUGGGAGAGACAAAAUGGUUUCAGGACUUUUUUCCUAUACAGUGGUACCUUGGGUUACAGACGCUUCAGGUUACAGACUUGGCUAACCCAGAAAUAGUGCUUCAGGUUAAGAACUUUGCUUCAGGAUGAGAACAGAAAUCGUGCUCCGGCGGCGCGGCAGCAGCGGGAGGCCCCAUUAGCUAAAGUGGUGUUUCAGGUUAAGAACAGUUUCAGGUUAAGAACGGACCUCCGGAACGAAUUAAGUACUUAACCCGAGGUACCCCUGUACUGCUUCAGACAUGCAGUUUACAUAUUUAUGUAUGUGUUUGCUUGGUACAUUUAUUUUGUAUCUUAGACAUUAUAAUUCUCAUAAAAAUGCAUAGUCUGCAUCUUCAGCUCUGCAUAUUCUUUCGCCAUCUCUGCACAUUGCUUACCUGCUCCUGAGUUCUGCGUCCUUCACUCUGGGAUUACCAUAUUCCACUUAUAAUUAGCUUGGCAGGCUCUGUCAAUUUGUGGGAGAACCUCUUUGAUAGCGUUAAGGCUUCAUUAGUUUAAUUUCCUGAGGCAAUUUCAGUUCAGAGUUCUUUGCUCUUGACAAUUUGACAAGCGAGGAUGUCUCUUCAAGAAAGGCUGCAAGCUGACCUUGAAUGGAACAUCGCAGGUGUUCUUUGCAAUUUUGCAAAAUAUACUUGUUUACCACAGAAAAGGUUGAUGUUAACUCUUUUAAUUUAACUUCCUAGUUUUCAAAUGACUGAAGAUUUUGACAGAUUUUUCUGAGCACUUAGGGUCAGAAGAAAGUAUGUGAUUUCUUCGUUCUGUGAACCGCCCUGAGACCUCUGGGUAUAGGGCGGUAUAUAAGUUCAAUAAAUAAUAAUAAUAAUUUAAAAUAACUGUUGAGGUACUUCAUCCCAAAUCUGCUAGACAAGAGUGUUUUCUUCUAUGUAUGGGUAGUUUUGUGUACAGUGCUUAGGAAUGCAAAUGCUUAGGCUGUUUGCGAAUGCAUUAAAAAGUAAAUAAAUCAAAAUACCAAAUACUUCAGCUCCCUGCGUGGGUUUCAACUAAGGACUCCCACUAGCGGAAUGGGGUUUCCCCCCUGCACCCCCCCAAAUGGCUUGGAGGGUCAAGAGAACCCCCCGAAUAGUUUGCCUCUCAAAUAACAGCAUUCUGUGCCCAUUUGGAAGUUUUGCAGGUUCAUUGGCCUUCCGUACGGUUUUGUUUCUGCUUUUUUAAAAAAGGUUUUGCUGUACUUACGCUAACUUGCAGGUUCUCCUGAACGUUCUGAUUGUUGUUGUUGUUUAGUCGUUUAGUCGUGUCCGCCUCUUGAUGACCCCAUGGACCAGAGCACGCCAGGCCCUCCUGCCUUCCACUGCCUCCCGCAGUUUGGUCAAACUCAUGCUGGUAGCUUCGAGAACACUGUCCAACCAUCUCGUCCUCUGUCGUCCCCUUCUCCUUGUGCCCUCCAUCUUUCCCAACAUCAGGGUCUUUUCCAGGGAGUCUUCUCUUCUCAUGACGUGGCCAAAGUCUUGGAGCCUCAGCUUCAGGAUCUGUCCUUCCAGUGAGCAUUCAGGGCUGAUUUCCUUCAGACUGGAGAGCUUUGAUCUUCUUGCAGUCCAUGGGACUCUCAAGAGUCUCCUCCAGCACCAUAAUUCAAAAGCAUCAUCAAUUAUUCGGCGAUCAGCCUUCUUUAUGGUCCAGCUUUCACUUCUAUACAUCACUAAUGGGAAAACCAUAGCUUUUACUAUACUAACGUUCUGAUACUAUCCUCUAAUUUGGUAAUGAUUUUGCUCUUAGCAUAUGAUGCUUUGCUUCCUCGCUCAGUUUGCGAAGAGACGUCCAAAUGCCUCGUUUGCAGAUUUUUCUAGAAAUCAAAGGUGUCUUAGAAUACAUGUGUACUGAAUUUCAUGGGUGAGGGGAGGAUGUAACCUUUUUCAUUCUCCCUUUUUCUGAGUCAUCAUGUGGGACUUACGUGACACCUGCCUGUGGAAAUAUGCCCGUAUGGCAGGGCACACAAGAAAAACGUAAAAGCAGGAUGCAAAUGGAUGGGUAGAUAGAUCAAUAUAAAUAAAUAAUUUGCCUUUUGCCUAGAGAUGUGUCUUGCAUCAGUCUCCGGAGCCCCAGCCAAACACUAAUUUGAGAUCGCAUUAAUUGCCUGGAACCUUCCCAGCUAAAAUACAAAUCCACUCGGAACAUUGAGCUGCUCAUGUUCUAAAUGGUUUGCCUGGAUUUGUCUUUCGUUCUUCAGCAGGAUGCUUUAAGUCACCUUCAGGUCUAGCAACAUGUGGUGACAUUGCCCCGCUCUGUAAGAUCUUAAAGGAAAUCCUGCCUGGCCCUGCGCAAUCCAGGCUUCCUGUCUCUCUACCUCAGGGGUCAGCAAAUUUUUCAGCAGGGGGCUGGUCCACUGUCCCUCAGACUUUGUGGGGGGCCGGACUAUAUUUUUGUGAGGUGGGGAGGAGAACAAAUUCCUAUGCCCCACAAAUAACCCAGAGAUGCAUUUUAAAUAAAAGGUCACAUUCUACUCAUGUAAAAACACGCUGAUUCCCGGACUGUCCACAGGCCGGAUUUAGAAGGUGAUUGGGCCGGAUCCGGCCCCUGGGCCUUAGUUUACCUACCCAUGAGCUAGCUGAUUGUGUCUAGACAGUGCUACUCACAGAUGGCGCCCUAAACAUAACUACCUGCAGGUUUUGUGUCGUUACGCUGUAACCUCGUUCCCCCUCCAUCUGCAGCUAUGGUUGACGUUCGCUCCAGUGGCUGAUAAAACAGCAGAACGGUUUAACACCUCCAUGGAUAUGGUCAACUGGCUGUCCCUCGUGUACCUCGUGAUAUCCGUUCCAGUCGGGCUCAUAGCAAUAUGGAUUCUGGACACCGUCGGGCUGAAAUGUGCCGUAAGUUGAAAUGGAGACUGGCGCGAAGCGGCAGUUUUUGAGCAGUAACCUGGGAACUUGCCUGGAAAUCUACUGCAGAUUUCUUUCUUAGAAGAUCACAGAUGGUCAACAGGCUUCUGCUUGCCCCUGCUCAGGGGCUAAUAAUAAUAAUAAUAAUAAUAAUAUAUUUAUUAUUUAUACCCCACCCAUCUGACUGGGUUUCUCCAGUCACUCUGGGUGGCUCCCAACAGAAUAUUAAAAACACGAUCAGACAUUAAAAACUUCCCUAAACAGGGUUGCCUUCAGAUGUCUUCUAAAAGUCAGAUACAGUGGUACCUCGGGUUAAGUACUUAAUUUGUUCUGGAGGUCCGUUCUUAACCUGAAACUGUUCUUAACCGGAAGCACCACUUUAGCUAAUGGAGCCUCCUGCUGCCACUGCGUGAUUUCUGUUCUCAUCCUGAAGCAAAGUUCUUAACCCGACGUUCUAUUUCUGGGUUAGCAGAGUCUGUAACCUGAAGGUACCACUGUAGUUGUUUAUUUCUUUGACAUCUGAUGGGAGGGCCUACCUUGGGGUUGGGCAGGUUGGCAGGGACACAAAAAAUGUGCCUCUCCCUGGGGGUUAGGAGUGGCUAGGAGCCCACCCUCCCCAGGCUGGAUCCUCUGCUGCAGUCUCCUCUGACAAGGGCUUUUUUCCAGCCGGAACUCCCAGGAACUCAAUUCCAGCACCUCUCAGGUGGGCGCCAUUGCCAUUAUAAGAGAACAAGGGAGGCGUUCACAGUGAGUUCUGGCACCUCUUUUUCUAGAAAAAUAGCGCUCUCUGCAAGGGAUCUCCUGAGCUCCUUGCCAAGGGUGCAAGGGACUGAAGAAAUGAACCCAUGCUGCUAAUUCUCGUUGUAGACCAGUGUGAGGUAAGCCGCACAUAAGCAGCACAAAAAACAAUACAAAUCAUUCUAUGUUCUAAAUCUUAUAUUAAUAAUCCAAAAACUGAGAGAACAAGGUACAAGAUCUACUACAAAAGCCACAAACAGAAAACUCAUUCAAAUUGUGUCCAAAAGGAAGAUUCAGUCUUUAAAGUUCCUUCAGUCCAUAUGUUACAUUCCUUCUUGGCUUAAGCUACAAUAUUUAAUUUCUUCAGGAAAUUCUCCCUCAACAUUUUGGUGUUUUUACAUACCUUCAACUUCAUAUGCUAAGUUCUUUCUUGACUUAAGCAUUUAUUCAUUCACUAAGCUUUUUAUUUUAUUUUUAUUCGCUUAGCCUGGCUAAGAUUUAGAACGUAGAAUGAUUUGGUAGUGUUUUGUGUGGCGCUUAUGUGCUGCUUACUUCAUACUGGUCUACAAGGGUGCAAGGGAGCCUAGGUACGACUGCCCCUGCUGCUGACGUCUUGCAGAAGACACAAUCACAGGAGAGCACAGGGUGUGCUUUAGAUUUGGGGUGGGGAACUACAGGCCUGGGGGCCAAAGUCAGCCUUCCAGGUCUCUCUCAGGCUCUUGCAGCUCUCCCCAGCCCUCCCUCUCACCUUCCCUCGAGUGGUUUUGCCUGGCUGGAAUGUGCCCUUGUACUCUGAUAGGGCCUCUUGCUAGCCCAGACAGAGAGGACUUUGCGUCUGUGUAGAAACUAGGUAGUUGCACAAAGGUGAAUUUUCUCUCUGUUCCCACUCCCACGCCUUCUGGCCAGUGUUCAAGAUUAACCAGGUGCCAGGUAUGUUCUGUACCUGGCUUUCAACCACUUGUGACUAAGGGAAGGUGCCUAGGAGUCAGGAUUGUGCCCAACAUUUCCACCAUCUGGGGAUCAUUGGUACAAAGCCCUCUAGCGCUUUCCCAAAGGCCAGCAAUGAACUGGAUGAACUUUGAACUGAAGGAUGCCCAGGUACACAAUUCAGGUCAUCCAGCCGCUGUGCUACUACCCUCACUCUCAACGCACUGCCAGCCUUAUAGCCAUCUGCCUGUCGGAAAAGAAAUGUAGGGAAAUGAAAUACCGUAUUUUUCGCUCUAUAGGACGCACCCGACCAUAGGACGCACCUUGUUUUAGAGGGGGAGAACAAGAAAAAAAAAAUCUCCCCCUCUCUGCUCAGCGCCCCUUCAGCGAAGCGGCAGGAGAAACGGAGCCCCUUCCAUUUCUCCUCCCGCUUCGCUGAAGGGGCGCUGCGCAGCUCUCCCUCUCUGCUGAAGCCAGGAGUCUUGCUCUCCCGGCUUCAGCAAGAGGAACCCAAAGUCUCCUUGGCUUCAGCGAUAGCAACCCGAAGCCUCCGGAGCGCAGCGCGAGUUCCUGCUGCGCUCCGGAGGGUUUAGGCGGCUAUCCCUGAAGCCUGGAGAGCGAGAGGGGUCGGUGCGCACCAACCCCCUUGCUCUCCAGGCUUCGGCGAAAGCAACACGAAGCCUCCAGAGCGUGGAGGGAGCACUCCCUCUGUGCUUCAGAGGCUUCACAUUGCUAUCACUGAAGCCAAGGAGCCUGCAUUCGCUCCAUAGGACACACACACAUUUCCCCUUAAUUUUUGGAGGGGAAAAUGUGCGUCUUAUAGGCCGAAAAAUACGGUAGUUCUGGAAUUUCAAUUGUUGAAAUUCAUUCCGUUCUCAUGGAUGGCUGCUUGAAAUCAGUGUUGGUGACAUGGUUUCUUCUACUGCAGGUGAUACUCUGCGCCUGGCUGAACAUGAUGGGAAGUGUCAUUCGGAUUUUCAGCAUCCUCGAUUUCCUGGAUCUGGGCUCCCUCAACUUUGUGUACCUGCUUGUGGGACAGUGCCUCUGUGGCACGGCCCAGCCGCUCAUCAUUUUUUCACCCACCAAACUGGCAGCCUUAUGGUUCCCAGAACACCAAAGGGCCACAGCCAAUAUGAUUGCCUCCAUGUGUAAGUAACUGGGCCAGGGCAGGUCGAGCCAGAAUCAGUGUUAAAUGCUCAGACCACACUGCCCUGAUCGUCAGACUCGCCACCAAAUUCCGCACCGGCUGCAGUUUCCAAACCGUCUCCAAAGGCAGCCCCACAUAUAAUGUAUUGCAGUAGUCCAACCCAGAGGUUACCAGAGCGUAGACAACCGAAGUUAGGCUGUGGCAGAGUUGGCCCUCCGGCUGAAGCUGAUGGAAGGUACUCUGUGGCAACAUGGCCACUUGAACUUCAAAUCAACAGUAAUGGAUUCAGAAGUGCCCCCAGCUCCUCACCUGCUCCCUCAGAGGACUGGGGACCUCCCUGACAGGAAUAGCAGUCAGUCUGGAAACAUGACUGCAUGGAACCAUUCAAGAAAGGAGAAAGCAAUACAGUCAAACCUCGGUUGUCGAAUGUAAUCCGUUCCAGAAGCCCGUUCAGCUUCUGAAAUUUUCUACAACCGAGGCGUGGCUUCCAAUUGGCUGCAAGAGCUUCCUGCACUCAAGCAGAAGCCGCGUUGGAUGUUCGGCUUCCGAAAAACGUUCGAAAACUGGAGCAUUUACAUCUGGGUUUUCAGCAUUCAGGAACCGAAACGUUCCAAAAAGGAGCCGUUAAGCAUCUCUGUAUCUCCCACAUAGAAAAUUAUCAUGUCAGGAAGGAAGCUGGGCUAGAAUUCUUCCCCCAUCAUCCUAGUUUUCUGUGUGAAUGGAUUUUUUUCCUAUGGAAAGCCAUUCCCCCAAGCACUAUCUGAAGUGAUACAGUUCAGAAACUUCUUCACCUGCGAUUUAUUAGUGUCUUUAAGGGGUCUUGAAGAAGAGGGCCCAAAAUACCUGGUAUCACCAUAGGGAUAUCUUUGGAGGAGCAGCCCUCAAAUCACACAUCUGAGAAGCCUCCCAACGAAAGGGGUUCUGAGUUCUAAUCCUGUACAGGCGUGUGGCCUCUCUUUUUGCUUUCCAGUCAGCUGGCUUGCUUUUUAAAUGCUCAGCAUUAUAUUUCAGCUGCUUCGGAGGGAAAAGUCACAUAUUUCUCUCUCUCUCUCUUUAAUUUCCAUUUAGCCAAUCCCUUGGGCAUUCUCAUCGCUAACUUGCUGUCACCUGCGCUUGUACAGGGAGGAAAAGAUAUCCCUUUAAUGGUAAAUGAAAGCUAAUCAAUUUUAGUAUUCUGCACCGCUUACAUAUCCUUGGCAGAUGAGUUAAGCCAUUUUUCCUCCUCCUCCUGCUUUCUACAGCUUGGAGUGUACGCAGGGCCUGCUGUCUUCGCCUGUGCCUUAGCCACAUUGGGCGUUCGUGACAAGGUCCCACCAACACCGCCGUCAGCAAGCGCUAGCCACUCCAAUUCGCCAUCAUUCUUCAGGGGCUUGAAGAUGGUAUGUUGCAAGCAAAGCAGAAUUAUUAACUCAGAUAAAGGUACAACGAAUGCUACGUGCCUCUAUAGGACAGAAAGAAAGAAACUGUUGUGUCAUAUUAGAUCAGUGUUUCCCAGUCUUUUUCUGACCAUGGUCCACUUCCGACCUUGUUUCCUUUCAUGGGCGUAGCCAAGGGGGCAGCUGUCCCCCAAAUAAGUAAAAAUCAAUACAGUGGUACCUCUAAAUGCGAACAGGAUCCGUUCUGGAGCCCCGUUCGCAUCUAGAAGCAAACGUAGCCCGUGUCUGCGCGUGCGCAGGUCACAUUUUGGCGCUUCUGUGCAUGCGCGUGACGUCAGUUUGAGCGUCUGUGCAUGCGCAAGCGGCGAAACCCGGACGUAACGCGCUCCGUUACUUCCGGGUUGCUGCAGAGCACAACUUGAACGCUCUCAUCCCGAAGCAUAUUCAACCCGAGGUAUGACUGUACAAAUCUGAGGUUCUGCCCCCCCAACAAAAAUCCUGGCUAUGCCUAUGCCCGCCCCCAUCCAUCAGCAGGGGGCCGGUCCACUGUCCCUCAGACCUUGUGGGGGACCAGACUAUAUUUUUUGUGGGGAAUCAACGAAUUCCUAUGCCCCACAAAUAACCCAGAGACGCAUUUUAAAUAAAAGGACACAUUCUACUCAUGUAAAAACACACUGAUUCCCGGACAGUCUACGGGCCGGAUUUAGAAGGCGAUUCGGCUGGAUCCAGUCCCCGGGCCUUAGUUUGCCUACCCAGUCUCUAUCCCAAGCUAUCUGAACGUAUCUCUCGUUUGACAAAAGUCUAAGGUUUCCAGCAGACCUGUCAGUUACACUGGAAAACAAGUUGCAAGUUUUAGCAGACUCUGUAUAAAUGUGUAUACCAGCUUGCUGGUGACCGAUCUGCUGUUUCCCCCCCUGACAACUCGUGCCUUGUCUUCCGUUUUUAGCUCCUGCGAAAUACAGCUUACAUCAUCCUGGCCCUUUCCUUCGCGACAGGGAUAGCAAUAUUCACCUGCUUCAGUGCUCUGUUGGAACAGAUCCUGUGUGUCAAUGGAUAUUCAAAUGUAAGUUGCUCCAGAUUUCAUCUGUGGCUUUUUGUUGUCUUGCAAGCUCAAGGGAGGGCAGGUGGAGACGGGAGAUCCAGAAGACAAUCUGGGAGGGGACUGCAGGAAUUCAGCUUCAGCCUAUCACAGGGAGAAGCGGGGAGAUGUGCAGAGACCGUGGCGGCUGGGGUGGGGCGUUUUUUUGUGAAACUCUGCAGGGAGGUUUUCACCAGCGCUGCCUCCCCUACCUGGAUACUCCAGCCAUUGAACCUGGAUGUUAAGCAGAUGCUGUCCCACGGAACUGUAGUCCUUCCACAAUAGGAAUAGAAGACUCUGCCUUAGACCAAGCCAGAUUAGCUCUGCACUGUCUGCACACUGACUGGUAACUGCUGUCCAGGUUUCAGGCAGAGGACUUUCCCAGCUAUUCCUGGAGAUGCCAGGGAGUGAACAUUGGGUUCACAGAAUCACAGCUUUGUAGAGUUGGAAGGGACCCCGGGGGGUCAUCUAGUCCAACCCCCUGCAAUGCAGGAAUCUUUCACCCAGUGCUUUUUUUCUAAAAAAAACACAAAACAUGCUUAGGGGUACUCUCAUUUUGACUCAAGAAAAUCACCAUUUUCUAGUUCAAAUUGGGAAAAAUAAAUACAGUAAAUGGACAAAAGUACUAAGUAAAUGGACAAAAUGUAAUAAGUGAUCCGGGGAGAUCCUUUGGUUCAAGUAAAUACAGGAUCUGCCUGGUACUGUGAGUUCGGGGGGGAAAUUGCCUUCAUUUCUAGCCUUCAGUAUGCUAUCAUUACAAAUAUUGGUAAUUCAGCUUCUUUGAAAAAUUACAACUAAAACUAAUGUUAGUUGGAUAAAUGUCAAGCAAAUAAAAAAUGUAGUUUUAUUUUCUGUGCUUUAAAAUGAAGCAAUUUGGAUCCCUUCAUUACAGAGACCCUGUGUAGCGCCAUCUUGUCUGGUACGAUAUAAUUAACAACCAGAUCAGAAGACUCUUGAUUGCUUUCCAGUGAAGGGAGACAGGGUGGGGCGAGGGAAAUAUGCUGCACCUUAUUCUUAGGAGCCGUAAUUAUUGGGUUGACGCCAACUAAAUCGCCAUCAAAGUAGGCUCAUUGAAAUCUAUGGGCACUGCUAUGGGUCUCCCAACAAAGUGGAUCUGCUAGUGCAAGGUCUUUUGGCUGCGCGAUGGCUUUUCCUUGCCUUCUCCUCUCCCCUAUGUGCAUCUCCCCUAUCUGCUUUUGGGGCUCCUCAACGUUCUGGAGAAGGUUUGGGAAGGGUUUGGGGGGAGGAGCAGGAUGGGAGUGGAAGUCCUUGCACAGUUGUGGAAGUCCUUGCAGUUGUGGAUCUACUUUCUCCAACUCCACUCCCUGGUUUCAAUGGGUUUGCUCUUCGCUGGAGUCUGCCAUAUCAUCUAAUCAAUCCCUCAUUUACAGUUCUUUGCAGGUCUGAGCGGCGCCUUGUUCAUUGUGUCCGGACUCAUCGGGGCCUUCUGCCUUGGGCUGUACGUUGACCGGACAAAGAAAUUCACAGAAGCUACCAAGGUCUUUCUCUGUCUAGCUGCGCUGGCUAGCAUUGGAUUUGCAGUGGUAAAUGCCAUUAACGCUAGGUCUCUUAAAUUGACAUUGUUGGGGGCGCACCCCAUGAUGGAGCUGAAUUGCUGAAAGUCGGCUCUGCAGCCUUGUCGGUACUCAAUUUAGACUCUCUUCAUGCAGGUGUCUCAGCUGAGAAACCAGACCUAUGCUUUGGCAACCAUCAGCUCACUCUUCGGGUUCUUUGGAUUUGCUAUCUAUCCUGUCGCUAUGGAACUAGCGGUCGAAUGUUCUUAUCCCGUGGGGGAAGGAUCCUCGUCAGGGCUGAUUUUUGUGAUCAGGUAAGUAGCAGAAUCAGGACACCUGAUUUCUUCUGUACUAUGCGCUGCAUAGUUGUAGUGGUAAUAUACAGAUUCUUUCCAAAAGCUUGCCAGGCCAAGGUUAAAGAAGAACUGGAGCAGGGAAGGGAAAACUCAGACCCAGGCGUCAGUUGCAGCUGUCCAGGUCUUUCUUGUGUGGCCCAUGGGAUUCUCCCCAAGCCACUGCCAGGAGCUGGAAUUGGGCAGGUCAGCAAUAAAACACCCAGUGUCAGCGAACUCUUUAUUCACAGAAACCAAAACAACGCAGGCCUAGUGGUCACAGCAACUCUUCCCAGUAGUCUUGCCCCAAUGAGGCAGCUCUCUAAGGCUCCUCCCCUGCUUCCUAAAGCUCUGCCUUCUUGUCUCUCUUUGCUCCGCCCUCUUCAUUCCUCUCCAUGUACUGGGAGACCAGGGGGAGGGAGCUGGCUGCCACAGGAGGGGGAGGCUCCCUGGCUUCUUCAGCAGCCUGCCUCAUCUCGUGUCUCCUGGCCCCGCUCCUCUCCUGCCUCUGAUUCUGAACUGCUCUCUGCCACAGCCUCUUCCUGCUCACUAAACCCUGUUGCCUCUUCAGCUUCCGACACCACCUUCUCCCAGUCUGCUCCCUCUGACUGCUCGUUGUCAUUGCACCACCACUCCCCCUGGCUCUGAACCUUCUUCCCUGGGGGUUCCCCAGUUGGGGUCUCCCACCGCUCGUCUGCAUCCAGCCAUUCCAUGACAUCACACUCUCUUCAGUCCUACUUUUGAGGGUUUAUGCCUGGCUGAAAUGUGCCUCUGAACUCUCAUAAUACCUCUUGGUUGCCUGAAUAAAGAAUGUGUGUGUGUAGAAAUUAGCCAACGGUACAAUUCCUUGUUCCACCUACUCUUGCUUCUGGCAUGUGCUCCCCCAGGUGGCUGCCCAGAUGACAAUUUGGUCCCCGUUCUGCAAAAGGUUCCCCGACCCUGAACAUCACUAAUUACUUCCAAGUCAGGGAAGACGUGGCCACAGUCUUCAGAUCUCUGGAGGUCUUUUCAGUCCGAAGGUGGAGCAGACUCCAUCUCUCUUGCUCCAGAGGUCAGGACCAGAACCAGUGGGUGGAAAUUGCAAGGAGACCGAUUCUGGCUAAUCAUUAAGGAGAAACGUUCUAACAGUGGAACUGGCUGCCUUGGGAGAUGAGAGACUCACCUUCGCUGCAGAGGCCAGAUAGCCAUCUUUCAGGGAUGCUGUGGUUGCAUCCUGCAUUGCAAAUCAUGCCUUGUGCAUUGUUUCCUCCAGGUUUCCCUCCACCUCCAUGAUUCUAUGCUCUAUGGGCUUAUUGUGAGAGGGGCUUCGUGCGCAUGCAGGUAUUGGCGAUUAUGUGCCAUUGAGACACCUUUUCCAGAGCGGCAGGGCUGUAUCAACAGGAUGCUGGGCUUCCAAUGGUUUCAAUGCACAGAUAACGCUGCAACACACGACUUCAUUCAAGUAAUGCCGGUUUCAAGAAAACAGACUGGUUAGGUAGCAGUUGGGAAGGCGGCUGGGAAAGCUCCCUUUCCGCAGGAGGCUGAAUUAGCAUUGGCUCCUUCAGAGCUAGCCGAUUUCCAAACGUCCUCAGCACCUGUUCCUUUGCAUGGCUGGCAAGUUUGCAGCAGCGUUUCCUGUGAUGCAAUUGCCCAUAUAUGGGCAAGGGGAACCACAUGGCAAGUACAGGAUGUGAAGUGAGGGAAAGCUUCAGACAGCUUUCCUGUAGGGCCAUCACUGGACUCAGAAAUAGUAGAGGACGCUGGAUGGGGAGGAGAAUCGCCAUAGUACGGUUGUAUCUGGCUGGCUGGCAUAUCUCCUACCAAGACUUGAUGGGGCAUCUACUCAAAGUAUACUGGCACCUCGGUUUUCGAUCGUGUCAGAAGUUGAAUGUUACGGCUUUCGAACGCCAAAAACCAGGACGUAACUGCUCUGGUUUUGGGAAGCUUUUUGGAAGCCGAACAUGCCAUGCAGCUUCCAUUUUGAGUUUUCCGGACUUAAAUGCUUCCCGAAAUGCAUGCUUCAGUUUUCAAAUGUUUCAGAAUUUGGUCUUCUGUAAUCCACUUCUGGAAUGGAUUACAUUCGAAAACUGAGAUACCACUGUACACAGAGGGUGGCAAUUCAGCCAAAUCCUCCCCAGAGCCGAGCCACUGAAAUUAUUUAACUCACUUUUUAAAAAAAACAGGGCUCUCCAUACAUGGGGGAAUCAGCCGCUCGAACCAAAGUUUAAGCUUCUAAUCAUUUCAAGGCUUUUCAGACUGCAGAAACAGAACAUCGAAGCGGAACAUUCUUGAAUCCUCUGGUGUUGCCCCUUCUCUCAAAGAAGCGGGAAUGGUUUUGAGCUCCUCUCUUGCGGUGCUCCUUCCCUUUAUUCCUGCAUGGCAGGGGGUUGGACUAGAUGACCCGUGGGACCCUCCCAACACUACCACCCUAUGAUUCUAAGUCACGCCCAUUCCCUUCAGCGGGUCUAGUCUGCGCAGGACUAGCAUGGAGUACCACCCAAAAUGUCUGCUCUAGACAUAAAAGUGAAUCUUGACUGUUACAGACAAUAUAUUCCCCCCCUCCCCCGUGCACAUAAAAAAGAGCCAGUCUUGGACAUGGGUGUGUGUGUGUGUGUGUGUGUGUGUGUGUGUGUGUGUGUGACAUAACCAUGAAAAGGAGACCUGCAUGGUGGACUGUUUUUGUUUCCACAGCCAACUUCUAGGUGUUGUGCUCAUGCUUUUGCUGCAAAGCCUAGCUGUGGAAAAGAAAGAUGCUCCAUUUUCUACUUGCACCUCAGCCAUCGGCAAAGCACUAGACUGGUCAAGUAAGUUUUUGUUACGUAUUUAUUUCACGUAUUAUAAAUAUAUCCUCUCUCUUCUCACAUACACACACACCUGUGGAGGUUUCCUUCAGGGGUGAAUAUCAGCUGCAAGGGGGCGGGGAAGCAGUUGGUUGAGGCACAGCAAUGGCAGUAGAGGUCUCUUUCCCUGACCUGCUCCCUUCCCUGCCUUGGUGUGGGUACUAAAGUUCUGCAAACAAGGAGUCCCCCAGCUUCUUAGGCUGGAGGAACCUCCAGCCAAGGGCCUCUCUAUCCGGCCCUCAAGACUCGCCCCUGGACACAUACCCCAGCAGCCUUGCUUCACUAUACUUGCUUUUGACUGACAAAAGUGUGACCUUGAACUCUGAUAACCUCUUUCCUGCCCAGAUGGCAAGGAGAGUUUGUCGCUCACCCACCAGAUUGUCAACAAGGUCUCGGACCGAAAAGGGUUCCCCACCCUGGGUUUACACUGUGUGAUUUUCUUGUGAUUUUUGAGAUGCAGUUAUUUUAGUUGCUCUUAAGGUCUUUUAUGUAUUUUGAGGCCCUCCUCUCUUUUCGUCUCUGCAUAACAGCAACAGGGAUUUUGUCUCGCAAUGCUGUGAGAGUGCAUUCUCCAUAACAUCUAGGGACGCAGGUGGCGCUGUGGUCUGAACCACGGAGCCUCUUGGGCUUGCCGAUCGGAAGGUCGGCGGUUUGAAUCCCCGUGAUGUGAGUGAGCUCCCGUUGCUCUGUCCCAGCUCCUGCCAACCCAGCAGUUCAAAAGCAUACCACUGCAAGUAGAUAAAUAGGCACCACUGCGGCGAGAAGCUAAAUGGUGUUUCCAUGCACUCUGGCUCAGGACCUGGAAAAGCUGCCCGUGGACAAAUGCUGCCUCCCUCAGCCUGAAAGCAGAGAUGAGUGCCAUGCCCCAUAGUUGAAUUUGACUGGACUUAGAUCAUCCAGGGGUCCUUUACCUUUCCUUUUUAAAAAAACCAUUACAUCUUUGCUAUAGUUCAUUAUGCCAUUGUUUUUCUACUCAGUUAUACAUUUUCUUCAAAGUGCAUAAUGGCUGAUUUUAGUUGGCUAUACAUUCUAGUAGAUUUAAGAUUGAAUUUUCAAUAUGAACGGAAAUUAACGAAUAAGUUUUGGUAGCUGGUCUAUAGUUACUGAUGCUGACCUACCUUACUGUGCAAUCCUAGCAGUUACUCCCAGGUAAGUAGGCUCAGGAUUGCAGCUGGCGUUCCUAAACUGAUCUUGUAAUUCUCAUAUAUUUUUAAGCUGCUGGGUUUCAUUCUCAAUACAUCUGUAGAAAUGUCCUCUCUUUCUCAUCACAGCUUCAACACUAAUGAUGGCUGGAAUCUGCAGCCUGGCUGCAUGUUUCUUUGUGGCUGCCUUUCACACUAAUUACAAGAGGAUCUUUGCAGAAGUAUCUCACGACUUCUCAGUCAACAAAUCAGAAGAGGAUGUUGCAGUAACGGCAGAAAAAUGAACUGCUUCUAGUUGAAAUCUGGACUAACCCAAGUGCCUCGAGAAAAGUUUAAGACUUUUGAGACCCCAAGUGCCACAGUUGCACAGUAAGUUAUAAGUCUUUGGGAACUGACUGGAGCAAAAGAUGAUGGUUAUCUUAACAGGAAACUUCUCACAAGUACAGCCCAAAUUCCCUGCAGCAGUUGGAGAGUGUCUUUUUCAAGACAGAAUGCAAGAAGAGUCUACCCCCAUUAAAAGACAAUUUAAUCCUUAGUGAUGGUGCGGAAAUGUGUAAGUGUCUGAGACUCACUAAGAGUGGCUAUUUUGAUUCUUCCAGUGUGUUACACUCCAAGGGCAAUUCAAUGGAAUAAGCAUAUUUAUACCAACCUGAAUUAUGCGAAAAAAGGAGGGAAUGCAAAUGUUCUGCAACUCUUCAUUUUCAGCAUCUCCCAUUGUUGGGCAACAGCAUAUUUCCUUUUGAUGAAACUUUGUUUGAAAAGUGAUCUAUAAAUGUUUAAAUUAAAUAAAUUGUGUUUCUGACGGUGA